AUAGCAGGCGGUAUUCACGGGGCCGGGGUAGUGCCACGUUCUUUCGCUAUAGAAUUGCUGAUGAAAUUCGCCUUUGUUGUUAAGACUGUUGCCUCCGUAGUCUUAAGUAGAAAGUUAGUUUGCAAUCAUUCUUGCCCAGGCAAGGCAGUACCGUUCCUAAUAACACGGAACCUUCAAGUUCUCUCCUCUUUGAGAUCUCAACCAGAAGCACCCGCUUGGGGUUCUAAAAAACAUAAAAACAAGCAGAAAAUCAAGAUUCAAUUCAUUAACAUAAUGGCUGAUCCAAAGAUUGAAGAAAUUUUAGCACCUUUCCGUGCCGCUGUCAAAGAACAGGGUGAUAAGGUUCGCCAAUUGAAAGAAUCAGGUGCUCUGGAGAUUGAUUUGAAAAAAGCUGUUGCUGAACUGAAAGCUCGAAAGAAGAUUCUGGAAGACAAGGAGUUGGAACUAACUCCUGUAGAGGCAUCCUUUGAUCGUGCUAAAAUGGAAGAUUUGCUAAAGCGGAGAUUCUUUUUCGAUCAAUCUUUUGCCAUUUAUGGAGGUAUAACUGGUCAGUUUGAUUUUGGCCCUAUGGGAUGUGCCAUGAAAGCCAACAUGCUCAGCACAUGGAGAAGUUUCUUUAUCCUUGAAGAGCAAAUGCUUGAAGUUGAUUGUUCAAUCCUGACACCGGAACCUGUGCUUAAAGCUUCUGGUCACGUUGAUCGUUUUGCUGACCUGAUGGUGAAGGACGACAAAAACGGGGAAUGUUUCCGACUUGAUCAUUUGAUCAAAGCCCAUUUGGAGAAGGUCAAGUCUGACAAAAAGACAACCGCCGAAGUAAAAGUGGAGUGCGAAGAUAUUGUGAUCAAGCUUGACGGCAUGAACAAAGAAGAGAUGCGUGUCAUUCUCAGGAAAUUCGAGAUGAAAGCACCAUUGACCAACAACGAAUUGAGCGAUCCCAUGGAAUUCAACCUGAUGUUCAGCACUUCCAUUGGUCCCACUGGCCUUGUUAAAGGCUACCUGCGACCUGAAACUGCCCAGGGUAUCUUUGUCAACUUUAAGCGUCUUUUGGAAUUCAAUCAGGGGAAACUCCCCUUUGCAGCGGCCCAGAUUGGUAACUCAUUUCGCAAUGAAAUUUCUCCUCGUUCUGGUUUGAUCCGCGUACGCGAGUUCACGAUGGCAGAAAUUGAACAUUUCUGUGAUCCGUCCGAUAAGUCUCAUCCUAAAUUUGAUGAAGUUCGACAUGUGCAAGUUCUAUUGUAUUCUGCCUGCAACCAAAUGGAUGGCAAAGCAGCUGAACUUGUCACCAUUGGCAAAGCGGUUGAUGAGCGAAUUAUCGCCAAUGAGACUUUGGCUUAUUUCAUGGCCCGCAUCCAACAAUAUAUGACCAAGGUCGGAGUUGACCCGAAGAAGCUUCGAUUCCGUCAACACAUGAACAACGAAAUGGCUCACUAUGCAUGCGAUUGCUGGGAUGCCGAAUGUCUCACUUCCUACGGAUGGGUGGAGUGUGUCGGCUGUGCCGAUCGAUCUGCCUACGAUUUGUCCCAGCACACGAAGUCUACUGGUGUUCGUCUAGUGGCAGAAAAGAAAUUGCCGGAGCCUAAGACAAUUGACGUCGUUGAGGUUGUAGCAGUGAAGGGUGCUGUUGGCAAAUCGUUCAAAAAAGAGGCCAAAGAGAUUAUGGAAGCUCUUUCUAAGCUGGAGCCAGCAACCGUUGCUGAGGUUGAAGAAUCUUUGAAAACGAACGGAAAAUAUUUACUCGAGAUCGGCACCAAUUCAUACAGUUUAACGACUGACAUGCUGGAAGUCAAACGAUACCAGAAGACUACUUACGUCGAAGAAUAUGUUCCGAAUGUUAUUGAGCCUUCAUUUGGUAUCGGUCGCAUCAUGUAUGCUAUCUUUGAGCAUAAUUUUAAAGUUCGAAGCGAUGAUGGGCAACGCACGUAUUUCUCGCUACCUCCGGUGAUUGCCCCAUUGAAAUGCUCGGUACUUCCGUUGAGCAACAAUGCGGAUUUCGUUCCUUACAUCCGUCAACUGUCUCGUGACCUCACGAUUGCUGACGUGUCUUACCGAGUUGACGACUCGAGCGGAUCUAUUGGACGCCGUUAUGCCCGCACGGAUGAAAUCGCCAUCCCGUUCGGUAUCACCAUUGAUUUUGAUUCUCUCAAAGAGCCCCACAGUGCAACUCUCCGUGAACGUGACUCAAUGGGUCAAGUUCGUAUUCCGCUGAAGGAGAUUGCCGGCGUUGUCAGGGAUCUAACGUACGGCAAAACCACUUGGACGGAUGUUGAAGCCAAAUACCCGAAAUUCGAACAACAGGAAACUAAAUCGUGAACGGGUUAAAGCCUUGGAUCCUCCCCAAUUGGGUGAGGCGAAUGCUUCCGGGCAUAACCGUUUUUCUUUUGCACACGAUGUGUAAUAGCAUUGGUGUCGGGUACACACACCCCAGUGGCUUUCUGAAAGUAAAUCUUGUCCAGUUACUCU